AUGGCCGCCUCCACCCUGUCCGUCUGCUCCAGCAACCUGAGCUACGGCAACCGCAUCUGCUUGCCCGGUUCCAGUGACUCUUGCACUGACUUUUCCGGGCAGGAUGACGACUGUCCAGAGAGCUGCUGCCAGCCCUCCUGCUGUGUCCCCAGCUGCUGCCAGCCCUCCUGCUGUGUCCCCAGCUGCUGCCAGCCCUCCUGCUGUGUCCUCAGCUGCUGUCCAUCCACCUGCUGUGUCCCCAGCUGCUGCCAGCCCUCCUGCUGUGUCCCCAGCUGCUGCCCAUCCACUUGCUGCACCUCCAGCUGCUGUCAGCCCUCCUGCUGUGUGCCCGUCUGCUGCAAGCCCGUCUGCUGCAAGCCCGUCUGCUGCACACCCAUCUGCUGCAAGCCUGUGUGCUGUGUGCCCAUCUGCUCUGGGGCUGCCCCCUGCUCAGCCCCCUCCUGCUGCCAGCCCACUCCGUGCCCCUCAUCCUGCUGCAGACCCUCCUCCUGCAUGUCUGUCAUCUGCCGCCCUGUGUGUAAACCUGCCUGCUGUGUGCCCGUCUCCUCCUGCUGUGCCCCUACCUCCUCCUGCUGCCAGCCCAGCUGCUGCCGCCCAUCCUCCUGCGUGUCCCUCAUCUGCCGCCCUGUGUGCUCCCGCCCAGCCUGUUGGGUCCCUGCCUCAGCCCAGAAGACCUGCUGCUGA